GAACUGGAGAAGGCUGAGGGAUAGGUUUGAGGACUGAAGGGAGGGGCUGAAUCCGACACUGCCGGCCAAACUCGGUAGCAGGCGAUGCCCAACUCCACCUUGGGGGCUCGCGUCUAGCCCGGGGUUGGAGCUGUCCACAGGGGACAUAGUGCUGAAACUCUCUACAGCCUGAUAAGCAAGAACGGGAGAAAGUCGCUCUGAGGGCUGGAGGGUUGAACCGAUCUCUCCUUUCUCCGGAGUCUUCUCUCCUCCAAGAUUCCCUGCCGUCACCCAUUCCUGGAUAGGGGAGAGCUAUGGCGUUCAUGGUGAAAACUAUGGUGGGAGGCCAGCUGAAGAGCCUCGCCGGGGGUUUGGGGGGCGGCGAUGAAAAGGGUGAAGGGGACAAAUCGGCGGCUGAAGCUCAAGGCAUGACCCGGGAGGAGUAUGAGGAAUAUCAGAAGCAACUGGUGGAGGAGAAAAUGGAACGGGAUGCCCAGUUCACACAAAGGAAGGCAGAAAGAGCCACCCUGCGCAGCCACUUCCGAGACAAGUACCGUCUGCCCAAGAACGAGACAGAUGACAACCAGAUCCAGAUGGCUGGGGGGGAUGUGGAGUUGCCCAAGGAGCUGGCCAAGAUGAUUGAAGAGGACAAUGAGGAGGAGGAGGAGAAGGCUUCGGUCAUUGGGCAGCUGGCCAGCAUCCCCAACCUGGACCUCAGCUCCAUCAAGGACAAGGCACAGGCUACUCUGGGAGAACUGAAGCAGUCAGCUGAAAAGUGCCAUGUCAUGUGACCCUCAUCCCCUUCCUCAGCCCCCCAGCGCUGUCAGCCUGGCCUACCCUGCCUCAGUGUGAUGUGUGGGGAUGGGGCGCAGAGGGCAGGGAUGGCUGGAUGAUGGGAGACCCAGCUGGCAGGGAAGGUAGCUGUAGAACGGUCUCAGUCCCCUAGGGUGCAGGGAGGGCUCCCCUCCUGGUGACCCACAUUCUGUUUCUGAGUCCUGACUUCCCCAGGGUCCUCCUCCAUCCUAGCUCGGAGCCUGCCUUCUGGUCCCCAGCCCCCCUCACCCCUGCCACCCUUAUCUAGGGCAUGGGACUGCCCUGGCAGCAGAGCCCUCCUCCCCAGACAGGUAUGGGGCUGACAUUUGAGGAGCGGGAACAGGAAGUUGGUAUCUCUAUACUUGGCACUUCACCCAACCCAUCCUUCAAACACACGCACAUCUGCAAACAUAGAGCUCCACUGACCUAUACAGACACAUAUCUAAAUACACAACCCCAAGCACAAAACCAAAUACAACACCCUAAUACACAGAGGCUAAGACAUACAUUAUCAUGUUGACCCACAGACCUGAGCACUCAGAGGCCACUGUACGCGUCAGGAGGACAAACAUUGGCACAGAGACUCCUACCUUGGGGCAUGGAGCCAAAAAGAACAGUGGGGGAGGAGUGGUCCUGGUCUGGGAUUCAGGACCCCUGGGUUCUUUCCCUGUUAUUGCUACACAUCUCUGCACAUUUCAUCCCCCUUGCUCUGUGCCUUGAAAAUAGGAGGGAUUCUACUCCAUUCUUCAAGGUCCAAUUCACGUCUCCCUUCCUCUAGAAAGCUUGAUCUGACUGUCCCAGUCUGUACUGAUCCCUCCCUUCUCUGAACAAGGUCCCCCAAAUUCUCCUUCAUUCAGGGCACAUACCAGCUGGUGUGCCUUCCUUCCCACCUCCAAUCCCACCUUACAGGAACCACUCAAAUGAGUCAAGAACUUUACACUAUAAAUCCCAGAAAUACUUGAUAGGUUUACUGUCUGAACCCUUUGAAAGUCCUGGGCUGAUGUGCUCCUUUUUCUUAGCCUAGGGCAGCGAUGGUGAGCCUAUGGCACAGGUGUCAAAGAUGGCACACACAGAGCUCUCUGUGGACACUUGGCAACCCUCCCUCCCCACCCUCCACCCCAAGUGUUCAUUACUAGAAAGGCAGAGGGACUCAGAUGGAGAGGCCCCCUCCCCCUUUCUACCAUGCCUGAUGGCAUUUUUUCACUUCACUCUCCCCUUUGCCCAGCAGCACAAUGGGAGUGCACAGUGGGUAAGAUGGAUGGGUACAGGUGGCAGAGUUGGAGGAGAGGGGAGUGCUCAAGCCACUCCCCUCCCCCUCUAUACACUCACUGAGGAUAUUCCUCAUUUCACCUACCCUUCCUCCUCCUCCUCCUCCUCUUCCUAGCAGCCCAAUGGGAACUUUUCCUCCCUCUCCCUAGGAAUAAGGGGAGGCGGGGCAUACCCAGCUUGGGGGCAUUGCACUUGGUCUCAGGGAGUGGGGGUGAGGCCCAGAACUCUGUCUCUAAAAGGUUCACCAUCACUGGCCUAGGGUUUCCUGGCCUCUCUGUUUUUCUUGUUUGAUGUUAUUGUGGAACAGGAAGGAUGGUUAGCUAAUGGGAGCCCCAUAAAAGUGUGUUAGGACUCCCAUCACAGAAGUUCACUGGGCGUCCUCAGCCUUCUCUGAGUCACAUACACACAUGUACAUUGCCAAAUGUUGUCCAGUCUCACCAGGAUCUUCCCUUCCUUCUAGAGCUCUCAAAGCACAUUCACACUAAGACUUAAUUCACCUUGCCUCCCCAAACCCACUGGGCGAGGGUAAAGACUAUUCCUUAUCUUUCCCACUUUUCAGGUGAUGCAACUGGGGUUUCAGAGCAAGCAAAGAAAGGAUUUCCCUCUCCAACCAAGCUUUAGGACCAGACUUCUUCCCAGAAGACCCUAAAAAUCUAGGUUUUUCUAGCCCCCAGUCAGGGGUCUCAAAACCAAAUUUUGUGUGGUUUCUUGGGUAUAGGGGCAAGGUCAUGUUGAGUGUCUUGAAUUGAGAUGAGUUGGGUUCUGUUCUCCCUGGCUGAACAGUGUCAUCCUUUUGUCUUCCUUUUCUCCAGUAGAGACUUUUUUGAUUUUAUAACUUAAAACUCAGCUAUCUUAGUUUGGUGAAGAAUAAAGUCUCAGCCUGAA